UUGCCGGGGCCGCCUUUGGUUGACGUCAUAUGAGCGCGACGCCAAAUCGUCUUCCAAUAUGGCUUCCAGAUUAGAAAUUAAUUUUGUCCGGUUAUUGUCUCGCUGCGAGUCUAUAGCUUUAGAAAAAAGGUGCGAAGCUGAAUGGAGACUGGAGAAGUAUGUUGGCGCCUUGGAGGAAAUGUUGGUGGCUCUGAGAAAAAGCAUGAGCAAGCCCACUCCAGAAGUGCUGACCGAAUACACAAGAAAGGUCGAUUUUCUGAAAGGCCUUCUGGAAGCAGAAAAGCUGUCAUCACCAACAGAAAAAGCUCUAGCCAACCAGUUCCUCGCCCCCGGCCGAACACCCACAAUAGCCAACGAGAGGAUGGCCGCCACUAAAACUGUCCACAUGCAGACCAAGGCCCGAUGUACGGGGGAGAUGAGGAAUGAGCUUUUUGGCAUGGGCUUUUCAAAAAAAGAACAAGAUUUGCGAAACAGAAGAGGUCUGCCUCUGGAUGAGCACCAGUCGGCUGCAGAGCUGGACACCAUCUUGCAGCACCAACACAACCUACAGGAGAAGAUCGCCGAGGACAUGCUCAACCUGGCCAGGAAUCUGAAAAAUAACACUCUGGCCGCACAGAGCAUCAUCAAACAGGACAAUCAGACUUUGGGCCAGUCGAUGCAUCAAGCUGACCUCAACUUUGAGAAGCUAAAGACCGAGUCAGAGCGUCUGGAGCAGCACGCUAAGAAAUCUGUCAACUGGCUUCUGUGGCUCAUGCUCAUCUUGGUCUCCUUUGCCUUUAUCAGCAUGAUCCUCUUUAUCAGACUAUUCCCCAGGCUCAGAUGAUAAAGUGGUGCCCCAUGGCCCCCCAAAAGACUUCAAAGAUCUUUGUGUGUGACAAUAAAUAUUGUCACCUCAGGAUAAACAAUCCCUUUAAGUGAA